AUGUAUGCUGCUCCAUUCUAUCCACAAACAAGAAACCAGGACAUGUUACCAACUGUGAAAGCAGAUUCGACCACUUCAUCAUCGGUCUUCUCGAGUAAUGAAAUGGAUUAUGCCUCACAAGUGAGAGAAAUGGAAGAGUAUUAUUUGAAAACUUUAUUGACUGAAGAUGAUGAAAACGAUAUAGCAUAUACUACAAAAUUACAACAACCUUCCAAUACUGAUGAUAUAUUCUCUAAUGAUAGUACUUCUACAGGUAGUCCAUCUUCUCCUAGACAAAUUGCAAAAUUAAACAGUUUUUAUAAUCCAUUUUUAACUGAACAAUCAACAACAACAACAACUUAUAAUCAAUAUUAUACUUCUAAUACUGCCGUUUCAAAUUCAUUACAUAAUAAAUCUCUAGAAGUAGACAUUAAUAAUGCUUUUAAUCCUGCCGUCUCGUCUUUACCACUAACUACAGAGAAUUUACAAAGAUUGGGCCAAAAUAGUCAAUCGAAUCAACAUUUAGCUCAACAACAAUUGAAAAUGUUACAAUCUCAAUUUGUUGAUACAAGUGUCACUGGUCAACAUCAACAUCAACACAAUAGAAUUGUUCAUAACGAUUCGUCGGAACAACAAGUUAACAAACAACUUUAUAAGACUGAAUUAUGUGAAUCCUUUACUACAAAGGGUCAUUGCAAAUAUGGUAACAAAUGUCAAUUUGCUCACGGUCUAGAAGAAUUGAAAUUGAAAGAACGUCGUAGCAAUUUUAGAACCAAACCUUGUGUGAAUUGGGCUAAAUUAGGAUAUUGUCCAUAUGGAAAACGUUGUUGUUUUAAACAUGGCAGUGAUAGAGAUAUCCAAAUUUAUGUUAAUGCCGGUGCUAUUAAAGUAAACGAUCAAACAGGUGAAAAGGUUAUGGAAUCAGAUACUGCUACUAAGCCAACACCUUGUAGACCAAAACAUUUACAUCCAAAUGUAAAAUUGUUACAACGUAUUAGUUGGUAA